ACUCAACGGUUCUCGGUGGACGUGUCGGACGCGAGCGCGGUAUAGAAGGCAGCUUUGCGGAUCGUUUGGCGGUUGCAAGAUCUGGACAGCGAUGCGGUGACUUGACUGACUUUGAUAAAUUAAUUCUUUGGCGUUCUGGGCGCGUGUGAGGUUGCGGAGCUCGUCAUCCUGUGUGUAUCGGUGUGUAGACUCGCCACAGGGAUCGCUGCGCGAACGUACGCGAAAGCGGACGGACUACACAGGAAGAAAAAAAGUCAGCCGUCGGAAUCCGUCCUGUGUAUUGUUGUAAAUAUGGCGGAUGGUGGAGCUGCAGUUGGAGUCGCAGCGACGACGACGACGGUGUAGAAUUCCAGGAUAAUCGAUAUCCGCUGCGCGAUCGAAUGAUGGAUCGAGGCGGAGAACACAUGUAGUGCAGAUAGUGUCGUGGUGUCUGUGUGAGGUUAAUUACCUGAGACGCUGCUGGAAACGGUGCGAAAUCGCGUCCGGAUGCUUGGGAAGCCGACGGAAAAGAAGUCAUUAAAUGCCACCGCUGGAACAGCUGCGAUCAACACCCCGUUGGACGCUAGACAACUUCCCUAGCCGCUAGGCGGUGGUGUCAACGGUUCGCGGUUAGGCGAAGCCAAGUCCCAGUACAUCACACGCAUCGGUGACCACCGCGCAAAAGCCCCUCAGGGAAGAGAAAAUUAAAAAUUCCGCUCGCUGGCUUAAUUUUGCAUGCAGAAUUUGUGUUCUCCUCCGCGUACUGCAGUCCGGAGUUCUCCAAACCCCUUGCCGUACAGCUUAGUGUGUGCUCUGAAGACGAAGAGGUGCGCGAUCAGUGAUCUUCUACGCGCGCGCACCGUCGGUGUAUUGGUGGGUUUAAGCCAAACAAAGCGUUGUGUGAGUGGCUCAAGUUCUUUUAAAUUUGUGUUGGUGUAUCAAUAAAGAAUUACUCCAGAAGAAUACCGAUUGCGCAAAACAUCAGGCUGCUGGCGCAGCGCGAAGAAAGGUAGAAAACCGUCGUCGUGAAGUAGGAAGAAUACAACCGUCCACCAAAAAGGAAAAGAAAACAACAACAGAGGAAAUAAUUCAGCCCUGCUGCAGUUGCUGCACUGUUUAAAGAGAAGAAAGGAAGAAGGAUUAGGACUGUGGUGCGCGCGGGUCAGCGUAAAUAAAUUCAAGUGAGCUCGACGACGGCACUAGCGGCGAACAAGCGUCGUCGACAAAGUCGGUCGUGUGGUGAAGAAAAGAAGAAACGACACGGGAACGGAUAUCUGAAGGAGGAGAAGUGAGCCUGCAAGGAAUACCGCUGGAGAAAGAGGGCACAUAUUCAGCUGCGGUGGGAGUGCCAGACUUCAAAAAGAUCGAAACCAAUAGACCAUGUGAAACAGGACAAAUACCCCCAGACAUGCAUAAUGAGUCUACAGUACAAGCAACGAGGGAGAAACCGCUCCCCAACAGUGUACCGGAAAACACCAAUCGUUCACCCCUGCACGACGCGGCGUCGAAUGGCGAUGAGACGGCGGUGGAAGCGCUGCUGGCCGCCGGAGCCGACCGGAACGCGAGGGAGUCGAUGCACGGCAACACGCCACUUCACGAGGCCGCCUGGAAGGGUUACAGCCGGUGCGUGAAGGUUCUAUGUUCCUUGCCAAAGGUGGCCGCCCCCAUCGGUUGCGGCGGAAAGGCCGAAUCCGCCAAGAUCAAGUCGGUGCUGCAGGAAACGAAGGGGGCGCUGCACAGUGCCCUGCUCGGGACGCGCAACUACGGUGGCUUUUCGGCGCUACAUCUGGCCGCCCAGAACGGGCACAACCAAAGCUGCCGCGAGAUCCUGCUGGCCGGGGCCGACCCGGAUGUACAAAAUAAUUACGGCGACACGCCGCUCCACACGGCCUGCCGCUACGGCCACGCCGGUGCCAUCCGCAUCCUGCUCUCGGCCAAGUGCGACUUCGAGCGGAUCAACCUGAACGGCGAUACGCCGCUGCACAUCGCCUGUGCCAUGGGCCGGCGGAAGCUGACCCGGAUUCUGCUCGAGGCCGGCUGCAAGCAAGACACGAAGAAUGCUCAGGGCGAAACACCACGCGACAUCGCGAUCCGCAAGAACCUGGUCGAGAUCAUCAACAUCCUCAACACACCGGUGGAGAUCUCCGGGCGGCACGCCCGCGAACGCAGCUCCAGCAGUUCCCACCACAACCGGAAAAGCCGCGACCCCAAAACCGCGGACGGUCGAGAUCGUUCGCGCAGCAAAGACGAAAGUCGCAAGUCUCGCGACAAGAGCCGCGGCCGGAGUGGCGGUCCGGACCCGCGGUACGACGUCGAUCCGCAGCACUGGUCCCCGUACGGGUGUCAUUAUUUUCCCGAUCCGCGGCAGUUUCCGUCGCCGAAGCUGGAGACUCUGCCGAAGGAACCGCUUGCGACGGGGGAGCAGUACUUUCUGGAUCUGGCGGGGAACAUCCGGAAGGGACCGGUGGGCGUGGGGAACACGUGCUACUGUGCGCCGUUCUUCAAGCAUCUGGAGCAGAGGAUGAACCAGAAUAGGAAGAGUAUACGGAAGUACGUGCACCGGGCGACGGAGAAGUUGGAUAGUCGGAUGACGGCGUUGGCGCUGAAGACCGACGACCAGAUUGAGGAGUUGACGAAAACAAUGAUCGCCAACCGGGUUCAGUGCGAGAACAAGCGGUUACAUCUGGAACAGUGGCUGAAACGUGGCAUCGUGGAACGAUCAACCGGUCCCCACAACUCAAAAACGAAGAAGGACGAAGCCAACACCAACACCUUAACGCGCUGUCGAAGUCUGGAGCUCCUGGACGGUGCCGAUGACAUUCUGUCCGACCGGAUAAAGUCCUCCACUCCGCAGUUUUCGCGCAGCAUAGACUUCCUGGACUCGCAAGAUCACCUCCCCGAGCGCCACAACCGGAACCCGGACUACUCCGACCACUUUGAGAGUUCCAACAACUCCAACAUCAAGAACCACUCGGAGAUAGACGAGCCAAACCGACGGACGCCUCUCCGCAAGUUCGACGCAGAACACCUCAACGGUAGCAAGCGAUCCUCGUCGAUCAGUCACUCCGGCCGGGACAGCUACUGCUACUCGGACAAGGACAACGAUCGGGAGAAGCAACCGCAGCAGCAUGUGAUAUACCAGGACAGGGUGCCGAGUUCGGCGUACGGUGGGAAUUCUUCCAAGGAAGAUCGCAAGGUGUCGUCGUCGGCCGGGUCUUCGAGCUACGAUCAUCGGAACGAGAAGAUUAAGGUGACGGAGCGGUUGGAGGAGUUGCUCAGUAAAACGAAGAAGAUACUGGAACUGGAGAAGAUCACCAAGAAGAAGCAUACGGAUAACAGGUACAUCCUCGCCCUGGACCGCCUCAAGGACAUCCACCACUACGAGAGCAAUCCGCAGCAGGUCUACCAUGCCCAAACCGCCUCCUCAAAGCGCGGCGAUCCUUCCACGAAUCACCUGAACGGCACCGCCUACGACAUCGCCCAGGAAAUGGAAAAGAUAACCCAAUCCCUGCUGCCGGCGGUGCCCGUCUCGCCGGAAAUCUCCAAAGACAUCACCACGCGCAAGGAGCGAUCGCUAAGCUCGCAAAACUCCUCCCACCGGAAUGCGUCCGGGUUGAUGCUCGGAAUCAACGGCGGGGGUGGUAGUUCGACGCCGCAUUCGACCAUGUCUCCGAGCUCGUCGCUGCUGGGCGGUCGCGUUCAGAAGGUGAUUGGGAGCUUGGACGACGGUCAUGAUCAUCAUAUGGCGUCGACGAACUUCAUGGAGAUGGUUAGCGUGAGGGGAGAGGAAGAGGACUCGGAGCUGGAGAUGCACGUGCACGAUAGUGUGAACGUGCCGAUGGUGAAUGGAUUUUACGCGAACAACUGCUUCGAGGACUUGCCGAGUUCGUCGAAUACGACGAUCAAGUCGGCGCCGAACCAUAGCCGGAAGAAGGCGGUGAAGGAGGAAGAGAGUGAGGAGGAGGGUGAAGAGGUAGAUGAAGAUGAGGAGGAGGAAGAGGAGGACGAUGAUGAACAGGACAAAGACUGGGAGUCGGACGAUCAGUGCGAUUUGUCGGACAUGGCCAAUUUGACGCAGCUGAAGGAGCUGAAGAGUAGGAUAUUGAACGGGACGAAUUGGCGAAGUCAGGUGCUGCAGAAGAGUGUUCACGACCUGUUCCAGAAGGCUAACGAGAAUGGCGAUCCUGUUGAGGGUGGAACUCAGGAAGAUCCCGCUACAGCGGAAGAUUCGGAUCAAAAUCGAGUCAGGUACAUCAUCUCGAAGCUGCAGAACACCACGAUUCAACAGGUUGAACCACCACAAGUUCACUCGGAACUGGAUCAGGGUGACAACUACUCAGACUCCAGUGAAGAAGAGGACGACCUGGACUGCGUGGACGGACCCCCUCCUCAGGAUGAUCGCCCCGUGACGGCCAAGAGUCUAAUCGAGAUGUACGAGAAAGCACUGCCAAAGGUCGAGAACCAACCGCCGGUCGCUGCCAUCCGGCAGCAGCUGUUCAUACCAAAAGAUGCCUACUUCCACGAGCUGCCAAACAAGCCAAAACCGCCCCUCAAACCUCCAGAUCUAACCUCACACCUGUCCCAGCCGGUCCUCCCGGAACCCAUGCCUCUCACCGCCCACGCCCGAAGUCGUAACCCCCUCCCGUCAUACCUUAACGACAACGAGAUCUUCACCCAAUCCCCUUACCCUUCCACCCACUUCGACAGCCGCGUCAACCCGAACCACCAAUCGACCCCCGCCCUCUACUACCCCUCCCACUCGCCCCAGUUCCUCAACGGCAACGACCCCUACCUGAUCCCGCCCUCCUCCUACCACCACCACUCCCACUACGUCCCCCCGCAACCCCCGCUCCAGGAGAAGCUCCUCUCCAGCCGGAAGUACAUCAACCCGUCGUCCUACGCCAUCUCCGGCGGCAGCACCGGCACCCCGUCCCCCGAAUUCCCCUACCAACUGACCCCCAACAGCCAACCCGUGCACCACCACCACUUGCAAGCCCCGCCCUUCCACCAGCAGUUCCGCAAGUCGCAGGACAACCUGUCCAACGACGAUUCCGGCUACAUCAGUGCCAAAGUUAGUGAAAUUGCCGCAGCCUCCAACUCCGGUGGAGUCGUGCCCGUUGCCGGGGGCAGUCCACAUCCGCAGGUGGAUGUGGUCGUGCCGAUGCCGCGGCAGUUUAUACCGUACCACUUGAGCAAUGGAGGGGCACCGUCAGCGAAUGGGAUGCAGCAUGGAGCUUCGACGGCGGGGAUUUACGGGGGUAACGAUGAUCAGGUGUACAAUUUGGGGGCGUCGAGUUUGGUGUGAAUUGUGAACAAAUGUGUAGAUAUACGAGAGUAUUUUAAUUGUGAAUUUUAAAGUGUUCCCUUUUUAAAUUAUUUUACUCCUUAAAUCCUCAGUAUUUUAAUCGAGAAACGGUUUUUAAACUAGACUAUACUUUGUUUUAUAUUGUUUUAACUUGAUAGUACCAACCGUCGUGCAUUUAUGGUACUGGAAUGCGUAUUGUGUGUACAUAAAUAUGUUGAAAAUAAAA